AUGGUGAUGAUGAAGAUGAUGAUGAUGAAGAUUGUUGUGCUGAAAUGGAAGUGGAAGUGGAAGAAGACAGCAGUGAUGAUGAUGAUGAUGAUGUUGAAAGCCUGCCCCAGGAUCCAGAAACCUGCCUGCAGAUGAACCAUGUGUACCAGGAUGUUAUCAAGGAAAAGAUUGAGGAGGUGGAGCUGCUCAUUGCACAGAACAGAGCACAGCAGAAGGAAAUCAUGGAUGAGCGUGAUGGUUCAAAAACAACCAAGGCAGGAGAUGGCAGAAAUCUCCCAGCAAAUGUGUUUUUGGGUCAUUUUAUGAAGCCAUACUUUAAGGAUAAAAUAACAGGAAUUGGCCCUCCUCCCAAUGAAGAGGCCAAGGAAAAGGCAGCUCAGGGCAUCAAAUCCUUUGAACAGCUGCAUUCAUCCAAGUGGAAAGCUGCAGAGAAGACUCUGCUGCAGAAAUCCGUGGUGAGCGACCGCCUGCAGCGCCUGCUCCAGCCAAAGCUGCUCAAGUUGAGUUAUUGGAAUCAGAAACUGGAGAAAAUCAAGACUGAAACAGAAAAAGAGACCUUGGAAAAGCAAAUCAAAGACUUGGAGCAAGAAAUAGAGGCAAUUAACCAACUCCCAGAAAGUGACUUGAUAGGAAACAGAUUCGAUGAGCAUGACUGGGACAAGAUUUCAAACAUCCAUUUUGAUGGACAACGCAGCUCAGAGGAACUGAGGAAGUUUUGGCAAAACUGGGAACAUCCAAGCAUCAACAAAGAGGAAUGGACUGAGGAGGAGCUGGACAGGCUGAAGCAGAUUGCUGCUGAGCACAACUGCCUGGACUGGCAGAGCAUUGCCCAGGAGCUGGGGACAAACAGGACACCUUUCCAGUGCUUGCAGAAAUACCAACUCUAUAACAAAGAUUUAAAAAGGAAAGAGUGGACCAAGGAGGAGGAUCAGAUGCUUUUAGAGCUUGUUCAGGAGAUGAGAGUGGGGAGCCAUAUCCCAUACAAGAAAAUUGCUUAUUACAUGGAAGGAAGAGAUUCUGCUCAGCUGAUUUACCGCUGGACAAAGAGAGUGGACCCCAGCUUGAAGAAGGGACCCUGGACACCAGAGGAAGAUGCUAUGCUGAUGGCUGCAGUUAAGAAGUACAAGGAGAAGGACUGGUACAAAAUCCGGAGGGAAGUGCCGGGCAGGAGCGACGCCCAGUGCCGGGACCGGUAUGUGAAAGCAUUGCACUGGGAUUUAAAGAAAGGCAAGUGGAGCUUGGAGGAAGAGGAGCAGCUGAUUGAACUGGUUCAAAAGCAUGGCCUGGGUCGCUGGAGUAAAAUAGCUUCAGAGCUGCCCCAUCGGACUGGUGCCCAGUGCCAGAGCAAGUGGACAGUCAUGAUUGGCUCUAAGAGGAAAAGAUCUGGGGCAGCCAGACGGCGCCACGCUGAGGAGAGCUCCAGCCCCUCAGAGAGCAGCAGUGAUGAUGAGGAGCUGGAGCUGGAGCUGGAGCUGGCAAACAACUCAGAGGAGGAGAAUGUGACCAUGGGAAAGGAGAAGUUUGCAGUGCCCAGCAUUGACCUGUGGAUACCAACAGGGACAGACAAACAGGAGACAAGCAGAGAGGGAAACCAGAUCCAGUCCCUCCUGUCUGCUGCCAGGCCUGGCACAGGGAGCAGCUGCAGUGAGGUUCCAAGGGCAGGGUGUGAUGGAGACAGAGCUGCUGAUAAACCAUCUGAGCUGAACACUGUGCUCAUGGGCAUUGCAAAUGCCUGCUCCACAGAUGUGCUGGUGAGGAAUCCAGCAGAAGUGAUGGCCAAGGCUUCCCAGUGUGGGAAGCACGUGCUGCGGGUUAGCCUGGAGGAGGUGAGGACAAUACUGAGGAACAACACGAGCUUCCAGAGGAAACUGAUGCUGAGACCUGCCAGGCUUUUGGCCAUGCCCCCUGGAGUGGGUGCAGCUGCUGGCCAGGAUGCCCAGGAGGUGCCCAGGAGAGCCUGGCGCUGGAACAGGGAGCACUGGAGGAGGCUGAACCUGGACAGGAAGCUGCUGAUGGCAGUGACCCCAUGGAUGGGCAAUGUGUUGCUGCCCCGCAGCCUGAGGGCUGGCACCAUGGGCUUCUACCACACAAAAGCUGCUGCUAUUCAUGAGAAGGUGAAGUCAAUGAGUCUCAGCAGCACUCCCCUGUUUGCACUGCUCAUUCAGCUCCUCCAGAUUGAUACCAAGGGCUGUAUGAGGAUUAUUAAGGAGAGGAACCUGAGGCACUUGGAGCUGCUUAAGGCUAAUGCAAGGAGCCCUCAGCAGGCUUCCCAAAAUACAGAGACGACUUCAGGAAACUCAUCCCAGGCUUGUUCUCAGAGGAAUUCCCAACAGGGCAUCCCCAAGAGUGCUGUCAGGAGAUCUGCCUUGAGGGCACGGGCCAGCCCCACUGGAGCCUUGGAGAGCUGGGCCCCAGCUGUGCUGGGAGCUCCCCCAGCCCUGGGCCAAAGGCACAGGGUGAAAACUGUCUCAGAACUGCUGCAAGAGAAGCGUUGGAGGAGGGUCCAGGCCAGGGCAGCCAUGCAGAGGACAGUGCUGGUUGCCCCACAGGUGCUGGUUUCAGGGCCUUUGAUCAUCCAGCACCCAGCACAGCAAAUCAUUCCCUGUGCACCAGCAGGGAGCUCACCUGCAGCUGCUGCUGGGACACACAGCCAAGUACAGGGUUCAGCAAUGCCCACAAGGACUUCAGCUGCAGGUUCUGCUCCUGUGCCUCAAAACCAUUCCUCUGCAGUGCCAGAAACUGGGGAGAGCUCUGGCUGCCCACAAGGGACAGAUCUACAGUCAAGUAAGGAACUUCACAAAAAGGAAGCUCUGGGAAGCAGCCCUGAAGGAAGGGUUUCUCCAGCUGCAGCAGAGAAGGCCCCAGACCAGGGAGGGUGCAAUGGUCAGGGCACAGCCAGCAGCUCAGCUUCAGCAGUGUUGCACAACCAGGCUUUUGUGCCUCACCAGAUCACAGUGGUGGCUCUUGGCCUGGAGUCUGGCACCAAUAAAUUGUCCCUUUCCACACCAGUCACCAGUGAGCUGGAGAGGAACAGCCCACAGCAGAGGCCAGUCAGCCUGCUGCCUGCUCUGGUCACUCCACAAUCUGCUUCUCCUGUGCUUCCCAGCAGCAUCCUGCCCUUCAAGUGGGUUGUGACCCCCCAGGGUCUGCUCCCCAGCACUGUGCAGGCUGUGCUGGGUGUUCCCCAGGGAUCACCAGCUGCUGCUGGGGGAUCCCAGGCUCAGACAGCUGUGACUUCCAAUGGCAAUGUCUCUGCUUUGGGAGGGACUCCUGUAGCAGCUGAAGCAAAUCCACCUCACCCCAGCAGUGCAGAGACAAAAGGACCAAGUUCCCAGCUGGCAGGAGCUCCUUUGGGAAAGGCAGCUGGCCAGUGCACCCAUCUCUUACCUGUGACCCCAGUGAGUGCUGGAUGCAUCACAUGCAGCAUUUCUGCUGUAACCCCUGCAUGUUCAGAUGGCUCCUCCAUGGCUCCAGACUCCUGUGCAGCUCCAGCUGCCAGCCCAGCCCUGUGGGCUGUGCUGCUGCCCCAGCCCCCUGCCAGCACCCAGGGCUCUGACUGCCAGCCUCUGCCCAGUCUCACCAGCUUGGGAAGGAGCAGUGGCUCCAUCACACCAAAGGGAUCAUCCUCCAGGGCAGGCAGCAGCAGGAGAAGGGCUGUGCACUGGCCAGGAGCUGCAGCUCCUCACAGCAAUGUUCCAGGGAGCUCUGCCUGCUCUGGUGCCCAGGCCCUGAGGAACAGACCCAUUGCCUCCAAACCACCAAGCACUGACGUCCCCCCACAGCCAAGCACCUCCCAUGCACAGAAGAAUCUCCUUGACUUCAGCCUGAUCUCCCUGGAGGACCAGGGGCUGGUGAAGGAGUGGCUGAGUGGGAAGCAAGGGGUUCAGGUGCCACCACUGCAGACCAGGCUGCCUUAUCUGCCCCCUUUCCUCUGCAGCAUAAAAACCCUGUCAAGGCUCCUGCUGCAGAAAGCAGCUCUGGAGGUGCAGGCAGCCUCUCUGCUGGCCUCUGAGGCCAGUGGGGAUGGGGGCACUGGGGAUCUCUUCCAUGCUAUUGGAGAACUGGUGCAGCAGAAACUGGGUGAUAACCCUGCUUACCUCCUGCUGAAAGCCAGAUUCCUGGCAGCCUUCACCCUCCCAGCUGUCCUGGCAACUCUGUCUCCUCCCAGAGUGACAACGACUGUGUCAGCCGGGAAUCAGCUUGAGGAGAGUGAGGAGGAGGAGUGGCAGAGUGAGAACCCAGUGUUGAAGGAAGAGAGCUGUGGGAAUGAAUUCACAGGAGUACAGGAGGACUGGAGACUUGGGGAUGAGCCUGGAGAUGAAGAUGCUGAUUUACUAAAUCAGGACAUGGGGGCUGAGGAGAGCCCUGCUCAGUCUGCCUUGGGCUCCUGCACUGCUGGGGCUGAUGCCAGAGCUCCCCAGAGCAGGAGAAGUGCUCGCUUCAAGAAGAGGAGGAGGACAUGAGAAGGAGAUGUGUUAGUAGCUCCUCAGUGGUUUGUACAUCUUGCUGAGAAGCUGAACCACGUUUGUCUGUGGUUCAGCUCAGACAGUGACUCAUGACCCCAGGAAAGGACUGAAAUGAUCUCUGCUCCUGUUCCCCAAGGACACAGAGUUCUGCAGUCACCACCAAGCACAGCCUAAGGCUGAUAAUAUUUUGGGGAGAGGGAAAGUUGAUGUCUCUACAAUAAAAUUAUAUAUAAACUCAUGAAAUUCAAAUAUUUGGCAGCCUUUUAGUUCAUGCCCUGAACCCUACUUAGUAUGCACCUAGUUGGUUGCACUCUACAGGCUUGACAGUGGAGUUUUUCCUUAGUACCUCAUUUUUGAGCAGCCUGGUGGGGUUUGGGGUUUAUUUCCCCCAUUUGGCUUCAUUUCUGUGCAGUUAUAACAGAUCACCUUCUGCAGGGUACAAAUGGCUGAUGUCCUGAUACCUGCUGAGGCUUUUGGUGCACUGAGUGGAAUGAACAUGAGCAGUGUUUGAUUCACGUGGUGAUCAGAUGAGACUGGCUGGAGAUUAUUUUUUUUUUUUCUUGAAAAUUCAUUUUAGGAACUCCAAAAGGGCAAGUUCUCUGUAAAAACGUGUGACUGAUAGGAGCUGUUUGUGCUUUGUUACAGGGGUCAUGGAAUGAGCUCUGCCUUCUCCUCCAUGGCAGGAGGAGAUAAUCUUUGCACUGUUCACCUUUUCCACUUCCAGUGAUGACUGGAUGGACCUGGGGAAGACAAAAAUGCUGGAUUGAUUUUCCCAUCCCUCAACAAAAUCUGCAUCUGUAGGCAAGGUUUAAAAAGGAUAGAUUUCCCUCCAGCCAGUUUCUUUCAGGCACAGACUCCUGCUCUUUCAAACUCCCACCUGCCAUAGAUUCUGAAGGGGAAUAUUGCAGGAAAUGUGGGGAAACAAGCAAUGGUGGUUAUUUAUUUCUUCUUGUGUUGUUUAUGUGAAUGCUUAUCCAUGUUCAGAAUAUGUUAAUUGGGUGGUUUUUAGUGCUGUGACAGUGGCUUUGCUUGGUAACUGACUGAAUACUGUGGAAUAAGCAGCAGAUUAAUUUUGUAUCAAAAUGACUCUUAAGUAUUUGUUGAAAUACAGAUGUUUUAUUUUUCACACUUAAAAAUUA